AUGACCGCGAGUUCCAUGCAAGUCGAUCCAUCCAUCAAUAAAUCUAGUGAUGUCCAACUUCCCUGGGUAGAGAAGUACCGUCCUCAACGUCUAGAGGAUUUGGUCGCGCACGAAGAAAUCAUCAACAUUAUCACCAACCUGAUUGACAGCGACAACCUCCCUCACUUGCUCCUCUACGGACCUCCUGGAACAGGAAAGACUAGUACUAUUGUCGCAGCCGCCAAGAGAAUGUACGGAAAGUCUUACAGUGGUAUGACAUUGGAGCUCAAUGCCAGUGAUGCCCGUGGUAUUGACGUGGUUCGUAACGAAAUUAAGGAGUUUGCUGGAACCAAGCAACUCUUCAACAAUGGAGUCAAAUUGAUCAUUCUAGACGAAGCUGAUGCCAUGACUAACGAUGCCCAAUUUGCAUUGCGUCGAGUCAUUGAAAAGUAUACCAAGAAUGCCCGCUUUUGCCUCAUUUGCAACUACGUUUCCAAGAUUAUUCCUGCGCUUCAGUCUCGAUGCACAAGAUUCCGAUUUGCCCCACUGGCUCAGAACCAAAUUCAAUCUCGAUUGGAAGAGGUUGCCAAAGCUGAAAAUGUUGCUCUUUCUGAAGAUGGAAUGAAGGCCGUCUUGCGAUUGAGUGGCGGUGAUAUGCGUCGCGUUUUGAACUUGUUGCAAUCGACUGCCAUGUCUCACAAGGAAGUGGACGAAAACAACGUCUACUUGACCUCUGGAGCCCCUCUCCCCAGAGAUAUUGACGAAAUCCUCAACUGUCUCUUGAACGAAACCAUGCAAACUGCCUUUACCAAUAUUACCGGCAUGUGCUCUGGGAAGGGAUACGCCUUGUCGGACAUUUUGCACGACUUGGCUGCCAAACUGAUUGACAUGAAAUUGGAUUCUGCGCCUCUUGCAAAGUUGCUGAAUGGAAUGUCCCAAGUCGAACAUCGUUUGGCAAGCGGGACCGACGAGAGGAUACAGGCGGCAUCCCUGGUGGGAGUCUUUGUGGAAACAAGACAGCUAUUGACUAUCUAA